AGAGUAAAAUUUCGAGUAAGAGUAGGAGCAAAAUUUCAGAGUAGGCCUCUAAGUGAGUGAGAAAUAGGCGGAGCUUCUUACAAAGUUAAGUUUCGUUUUCCAGCCAUAUUGUAUUUUCUACCACCGCUGCUGCUGAAGUCACGGAACAGCUCUCUGGGGGGAGAAAUUCGCUGGAUUUGAAAUUGCCAGGAAAUUUGACCUUCCGACAAUGGACAUUAAAGUCUUUGAUGAGUCAAGGACCGAGGUUGAUCAGGAAGCUUUUGCAUACUUGAUGAAGCAGCCAGAUGUUCAUGUCCUGGAAAUUGAUAUCCCAGAGACAACAUCUGAAGAUUCUGUUAGCUCAGGCUCCCUUGCUGAUGCUGAGGCUAGUUCUGGAUCUGAUGACACUGUGAUACUGACCCCUAGCCCAAGACAAUCAAAGCAAGGAGAGGAACGUCGUCUUGCCCAAAUGGUUGAAGACAUCUUAAAAGGAAGCCCAGGAGGGGACAAGAUCAUGAAUGAAUAUGCUCGGACAAAGUACCUGUCAGAUAGCAGAAGGCGUGACCUGGUGAAGAUAUUGGUUGCUCAUAUGACAAAUGAACAUGGAACAAGCCCGCCUCGGCGUGUGAAGGAAGACUACGCACUGGGUAUCAUCUCCCUCUUCCCCUAUUUGGCUGACCCAAGGAGCAAGCUUGGCUAUGAACAUUAUUACAACGCAGAAGAUGGAAGUGGCUAUUUGGCUUGGAGAAUUAAAACUCUGCAGAAAGAAGCAUCAGAGGGACGAGUUAAACGUCCACGACCUUCACAAGCAGGUGGGCCAUCUGUUGAUAGAGAUCCUUGCAAGGAAGGCAAUUGGUUGAGCGAUGAACGCCAGUGUCAGGAAGCAAUUGCUCUGAUGAAGCACACAGCUGAUGAAUCGGUGGUGAAGGAAAAGAUGAGGUUGACCCUAGUCUAUCGCCAGAAGAUUCUGCGUGACACUGACAAAUCAACUGAUAUCCUAUCCAUUUUUCCAAGAUUCAUGGACAUACCAGGCCUGAUUGAGCAGGAUUUUGCACUUCUCUUUGGUGACUCAACCUCUGCAAAGCUGAUGGAGAAAUGGUCCACCAACAUAAAACCAAAAGUCAUUGCACAGAGCCGUGGCCUGACACAGACUGCGGUUGUGACGGAGGUCAUCUUGUUGGGACAGUGA